GAAGGUGGAGGCCUCAAAUCUUGUGUAACCUAUGUAGCAUCGACAACCAAUUGGGCGCAAAACCCCGCAAACUAUUCCAAAACCUCAGUUGGAAGCAUCAGCUGCAAAUGCCGCUUUCAAUUCCCCAAACAAUUUGAAGUUGAACACCAUGUCCCCGUCCGCUCGCCUCACUCUCCUUUCUCUCCUUUCUGCCACCGCUACCCUCUACUUCCUCUACAAAUCCCGCAAUCGCCAACGCCGCCUCCUCACGCACCUCCGCCGCGCCGUCGUUGGAACCCACUGCCACGCUCCUCCCAAGAGAGGCAAACUCUUCUUCUUAUCACAGACCAACACUUCCAAAGUCCUCGCGCAGCGCCUCCACGCUCUCUUGACCCUCAACGACAUCCCUUUUGAUCUUGUCGACCCCAAAGACUACGAGCCUGAGGAUUUAUGCAAAGAAACCCUCGUUUUGGUCGUCGCGUCGACGUGGGACAACGGCGGCCCCCCUCAUGAUGGGGCUUUCUUGGUGAAUUGGCUGGCCGAGAGUGCUGAUGAUUUUCGGGUUGGGGCGCUCGUGCUCAAGGACUGCAGAUUUGCUGUUUUUGGGGUGGGGAGUGGGAGUUACGGGGAGACGUUUAAUGCCGUGGCCAGAGAUGUUGCGGCGAAGUUGCGGAAGCUUGGGGGUAGAGAGCUGGUGGAGUUGGAGGAGGGAGAUGUGGAUUUGGGGGAUUUGAAUGGGGUGUUUGAUCGGUGGAGUCAGAAGAUUCUUGAGGUUUUGAAUGGUAAUUUAAAAGAAAAUGAGCAGGGUUUGGAAAAUUAUGUAGUUGAGAGUGAGAGUGAAGGAGAUUUUAGCGAGGAAGAUGAUGAUGAGGUGGAAGAAUCGGAUGUUGUUGAUCUUGAGGAUAUCGCUGGAAAGGGGCCUUCAAGAAGAUCAGCAGUGGCAGCUAAGGCUAAUGGGGCAGUGAAUGGACAUACUGUGAAUGGGGAGAAAGAAAUGGUGACUCCGGUGAUACGGGCAAAUUUAGAGAAGCAGGGGUAUAAAGUUAUUGGCUCUCACAGUGGGGUUAAAAUUUGUAGAUGGACCAAGUCCCAGCUUAGAGGGCGUGGAGGAUGUUACAAGCACUCUUUUUAUGGUAUUGAGAGUCACAGGUGCAUGGAGGCUACCCCUAGUUUAGCAUGUGCAAACAAAUGUGUCUUUUGUUGGAGACAUCACACAAAUCCCGUAGGGAAGAGUUGGCAGUGGAAGAUGGAUGAUCCAUUGGUAAUCGUUGACACCGCAAUUGAUCUACAUACAAAAAUGAUAAAGCAGAUGAAAGGAGUUCCAGGUGUAAAGGCAGAACGUCUAUCCGAGGGCCUUUCUCCUAGACAUUGUGCCUUAUCACUUGUUGGUGAACCUAUCAUGUAUCCGGAGAUCAACACUCUUGUCGAUGAGCUACAUAGGAGGCGAAUCUCAACUUUUCUUGUGACAAAUGCUCAGUUUCCUGAAAAAAUUAUGUCAUUGAAACCUAUCACGCAGCUCUAUGUGAGUGUAGAUGCUGCAACUAAGGAUAGCUUGAAGGCUAUUGAUAGACCGCUCUUCGGGGACUUCUGGGAGAGAUUUCUCGACUCUUUGAAAGCACUGAAAGAGAAGCAACAGCGAACUGUGUAUCGCUUGACAUUAGUAAAAGGAUGGAAUACAGAAGAUAUAGAUGCUUAUUCCAGCCUAUUUGAUGUCGGAAAUCCUGAUUUUAUUGAAAUUAAAGGGGUGACGUACUGUGGAUCGUCAGCCACAUCGAAGCUAACAAUGGAAAAUGUUCCAUGGCAUUAUGAUGUAAAAGAGUUUUCAGAAGCGAUUGCUCGAAAGAGUGAUGGGGCAUAUGAGGUUGCCUGUGAGCAUGUCCAUUCGUGUUGUGUUCUUUUGGCUAAAGUUGACAAAUUUAAGGUCAAUGGCCAGUGGCAUACAUGGAUAGACUAUGAGAAGUUCCAUGACCUGGUAUCAACUGGAGAACCAUUUACCAGUAACGAUUACAUGGCUCCUACACCAUCCUGGGCUGUCUAUGGAGCAGAGGAAGGCGGUUUCGAUCCACAGCAUACUCGCUAUAGAAAAGAACGGCACCACAAAUCUGCACGCUGAACAGGUGUGUUUUGAAUUUCAAAGGUUUUUUGAGACAUCUUCGUCUGCCUUCAGCAGAAAUGUUGAUGCUGAAGAUGUCAUUCUUUAGACAAGGUCCAUGGGGCGACCCUCGAUAUAAUUGUGCUCCGACAUGGAGAACACACAGAUGGGAUGAUUUUGAACCCAGCAAAGACUAAAUGAGACAUGUAUUAGGUUUCGUCUAUUAUCCUCUUACAGCAAAAGCCAAAGGAGUUGAAAUUUUUGAGGCUAAUUCAUUUUUAGAUAGGUCCGAAGAGAAGUUGAAAAAAGCAGCUUGCUUAUUAAUGAUUGGCCAUAUAGUUGAACUUCUGCAAAUGUUUUGUAUUCGGUUAUAAGAAAUUUUGUAAUUUUAUUAUAAGAAUCAAUUUCAUUCGGUUAUAAGAAAUUUUGUAAUUUUAUUCGGUUAUAAGAAAAUUUCCAGAUUUCUUGUAA